UACGAAGCGAUUUUGAUUUUCGGUUCGGUCGAUGCGCACGAAAAGCAGUUGUCUUGAACACACAGAGUGAAUUCAUUUGUGGAUCUAGUAUCGGUCAAACAAGCAAAAUACUUGGUAUGAAGCGAGCACCUCAUGAUAAAUUUUGCACCAAGAAAACGAAUGGCAGGCCCCUGAUUAUCCUAGUGAUUAACCUCGCAGUAGUCAAGUCUUGAGCUUCUACCCUCCUACUCCUACAGUUCAAACAAACAAACAAACAAAACUUCUUUCACUUUUUUUUUCAAAACGAAAUAGUCUGAAUUUUUACGAGGGGGACAUACAAGUAGACAACAUCAACAACAACCACACGAGGAAGUGUAGCUACAAUCGCAGUCGGCUGAUAACCAAACAAGCGUGAAGACCGCGGCGCGUCUAGAAUUUCAUUUUCCAAAAACAGACCCAGAGUUAUUUUUUUUGAAAGAUUUUCAUUUUCCAAAAACCAACCUUUCUGCAAAAAUGUUCCUGCGUGUGGUCGUCGCCAGCGUGGCUCCCGGAGUGUUCGCGUUUCCCGGGGGGCAAAACGAAGCGAGAAAUCGCCCCGACCAGCUAGGCUGCGAGUUCAUUGCGUAUCCGCGGGAUCCGCAUUGGCACUGGAAAGAGCGGAACUUUGCGUCUCGGACUGCAAACUGGCAAACCUUGACGCCUCACGAACUGAAUUUGUCCAAUCUUGCUCCUCAGCAGAGACGCAACCGCCAAAGUGCAGAGAGCAACCGCAACGAAGCGCUCGCGCGAAGGAAUCGGGAAUCAUGGAACGGACCUGGACAAGUCUUCCGCUUCGCACCGGAAUAUAAGUUGGCGCAGAACCUAGUGGACGUGAUGGUCAGGCGGUGGCGUUACCCUGUCCGAGAGAUCGGGAUCGCAGUGGCCGGUAACCACGGUCGGCCGCUUGGUGCGGUCGCGUCCAUGGGCUGGGACAACAACAAUCCGUGGGCGAAGUUCCGGCUCAACCUGAGGAACAUACACGCGAGGCACGGGACCCAGGAAGAAUCUGUGGUGAGCAACUGGCUCGUGCACGCCGCCGGGGGCAUUCCGCGGGAUCUCGGGCGGGGAUCGUUUGCCACGCGGUAUAACUAUUACGCGCGGAAGAUGAUCGAGCUGUACAAGUCGACGAUCCAGGGCAAGUGGGGACUGUACACCAAUAAGAGUCGGCCGCACGACAACCGGACGCGGCAAGGGGUCAACUACAGGCACACGCGCAAUCCGGUCGACUUUUCCGACUGCUGGGUUGUGCGCAACACGAAAAUCGGGCGAGAGGAUAACAAAUGGUACACAAAUCUCCGGAACCCCCAUACCAUCGGCGGGCUAUUCUGGGUUGCAGCGCCCAAUGCGGGUUAUUUGGGGGGAUAUGGGGGCAGUGGAAGACGCACCCUGAACACCCUCGCAACGCAGAGUAUGGCCUUUUUUCUCGCGGGCCUGGAGGCUGCAGUGACCGCAGUCAUCGAUGCUGCGAUUCAGGAGCAACUUGUGUAUGGGAGGCCGACGAAAAUCCUGAUUUUCAACAAACUAGGAGGCGGUUUGUACUGGCCGAAGAAAUGGCUGCCCAAUGGCCCGAAGAGAAGCCCGCUGCCGUCGCGAGACGUCUAUCGACCCAUUUUUCAUCGCGCUCUUGCGGCACCAGUGCGGCUUCCUGGCGGGGAAGUCCUGAAGAAGCGGCACUUUUUCAAGGACAUUGUGCUCGCGGGAUUAUGAAAAUCUUCGGAGUUCUUGGGUCUUCUGCAGUAAGCAUGUCUUCGUGUCUGGCGGUAAACAUUAUUUAAGCUGGCACGACCGGGCUUUUCACAGCAAAAGCUUUCGCUUUGACUUAUUGCGAAGACACGAAAUCGAAAAGCAUUCUUUUACAAACAAAGAACAAGGAAGGAAGAACGCAAAAGCCUGAUGUGGCGGACCUCUUGCACAUACUAGCUAAUUUCCCGAAAACCCCGAGCACCAGGAGGGACUUUUUGUUUUGUCUACUUGUCGACAGGGGUAGAUGCAGCGAAUAGUUUGAACAUACUUGCUAUAAUUAUAAGCAUCUUAUUUUACGCUGACGCAAAUUUUGUGUAUGUUCGAACCUCUCGCGCAUUUGUUAGCGUCGGCCCGUGCCUAGCAUCGAAGCACGCUAGCAAGCAUCUGCGCAUCUGAACGCCAUACAAAGCAUCCUGCUCGACGUCGCACCUGCUUACCUAGCUACAGUAACACCCAAAUCAGUGUUGUAUGUAGUUAUAAAUUUAUCUUUUCAGUAUAGUGUAGUAAGUACCGAAAACUCUCUGAAGCCAAAGAAAAACCGUAGGAGCGGUGGUUUGGUGAUGACUAGACUUCUAUGAAGCGCAAACAGCAGGUGAAAGUUGCUUCGAGUCUAUUUUUCUUCAAAUCCCCGUGUGCUGUCACAGUCACGGCUUAGGUACUUAUGCGCUCUCUCCCCCACUAUUCCUUCAUCAUCGAACCGGAUUCGGUCAACGACCGGAACCGAGGAAAUCGAUCAAAAACCAAAUUGCUUUUAGAAAUCACCUGACACACCCCAAAUCCGAAAAAAAAAACACCGC